AUGGAGAAAGCUAAUGUCACAUCACUGAAGGACUUUUACCUAACUGAGCUAUCUGAUCUCCCAGAAGUGCGGAUUUCCCUUUUCGUAAUGGUUCUUUUAAUCUAUUUGAUCACGCUGGCAGGAAAUGGGGCUAUCCUCCUAGCAAUAGUGACAGAUGAUCACCUCCACACCCCCAUGUACUUUUUCCUUAGCAAUUUGUCUUUGCUGGAUAUUCUUUGCCCAACAAUCACUGUGCCAAAGAUGCUCCAGACCCUCUUGUCAGAAGACAAGAGAAUAUCAUUCAUGGGUUGCAUGCUACAAUUAUUCUUUCUGAUUGAUGUGGUGGGUACAGAAAUUUUCUUGCUAGCAGUAAUGGCCUAUGACCGCUAUGUAGCUAUAUGUAAGCCUUUACAUUAUACAGCCAUCAUGAGUAAACAGAUUUAUGCUCAACUGACUGUUGGGACUUGGUUACUGGGCUUUAUCAAUUCAGUGGUCCACACCUCACUAACGUUUUCUUUAUUUUUCUGUGGAAGGAAUAAAAUUAACCAAUAUUACUGUGAUCUUCACCCAGUAAUGGCUCUCUCCUGCUCUUCUACCUUUGUCCCUGAACUGGUUCUUCUUCUUUUGGCUAGCAUUAUAGGAAGUGGGGCUUUUCUCAUCACCCUGAUUUCUUACAUCUAUAUAAUUUCUGCUGUUUUGCGCAUGCACUCUGUUGAGAGUAGGCGCAAGGCUUUUUCUACCUGUGGAUCUCACUUGACUGUAGUUUGCUUGUUCUAUGGGGCUACCAUAGCUACAUAUGCUCGUUCUAAUUCAACCUAUUUCCACAAACAGGAUAGAAUCAUUUCCAUGUUAUAUGGAGUUGUUACCCCCAUGCUGAACCCCAUGAUCUAUAGUCUGAGGAACAAUGAAGUGAAAAGGGCCUUGGUCAAAGCGCUUAGAUUUAAUAGGUUAUACUGA